AUGAGUACUUCCAUUUCGUCUCCUUCGGAGAUAACAACAGAUGAACUUAUUAGUGAAGCCAGCCAACAAUCAGCACAUUCUUCAUCAGGCUUGCUGCAAGAUCUUACCAAGGAACUGCAGAGGAGCUCGCCGUUUCCCAUAACUUGCGGAGGCUUUGGAGACAUCUAUAAGUGUCAGUUAGUGAGGCCAGAUGGGACCAUUCCAGUAGCAGUGAAGACCAUCCGUGCUUUACAGUCUGAUAACGAGGCAUUGAUGCGGAAGAAUAAGAAGAGAAUUCGUCGCGAGCUGAAAGUUUGGGGUCGCCUCAAACACAACAGUAUUCUUCCACUCUGGGGAGUGGCAAUCGACUUUGGACCUUAUCUCGCAAUGGUCUGUCCAUGGGCUGAUAAUGGAACUCUGACUGGCUUUCUUGAGCGCCAAGAAGAUGUAUUGACGUUGGAAGAUAAGUUCACCCUUUUGACUGAUAUCGCUCUUGGGUUACAAUAUCAGUCAGUCCAUAGCAAAUCAAUUGUCCAUGGUGACCUGACGGGGUCAAAUGUCUUGAUCUAUGAAAAUGGUCGGGCAUGCGUCACUGAUUUCGGUCUCUCAACUAUGAUCGAGGAGUUUAUCGGUACUUCCUAUCUCACGAGCUCCAUCAGGGGAAAUGUCCGAUGGGCAGCUGCAGAGCUAUAUGACAUACCCGAGAGCGAUGAAGAUGAUUCGCUGGUGUCGCUCAGCGUUGAAUGUGACAUCUACUCAUUUGGUAGCAUCAUCUUGCAGGUAUUAACUUGCAAGGUACCCUACUACGAUGUGAAGAAGGAUAAUGCUGGUGUUGGGACACGUCGUCAGAGGAAAGAAAUCAGAGCCUCCCAAGGGCUCGCAAGUUGUACCCGCGCACUGGGAGUUCAUACAGCGGUCGAUACUGCGAGCUGCAUUCAAACUAAUGCAGUUGAUGAUGGGAAUUCGUCUGGGAAACCGUCUGGGAUUUGGCCUGGGACCUGGUCUGGGGGCUGGUCUGGGCACUGGUCUGACAGUGAUAGCGAUGAAGGUAAAGACUCUGAAGAGUCAGAUGACGGCAGCUCCUCUGGAACCGACCAGAGUGUCGAAGGAGAGAGUCUGGAUGGAGACGAUGAUGGAGAGUAUGAUAAAGAGCAACAGGGCAGUGAGGGUGACGAGCACGACAAGAGGGGUGACGAGGAUGAUGAAGACGACAAAGGGGUUGAUGGUGAUGAGGUCGUUGGCUUAGAUGGAAGGGACGGGUCCGACGACAACGACAGCUCCUCCGGAAUUGACCAGAAUGUUGAAAGAGAGGACUUCGACGAAGAUAGGGAUGACGAAAGUGUGGAAGGGAAUGAAGGGCAUGAAGGCAGUGAGGGUGAUGAGAAUGGUGGUGACGAGGAGGAGGAUGAAAGCAGCGAGGUUGUGGAGGGUGAUGGCGAUGAUGAGGGUGAUGAGGACAUCAAUGGCCCGGACAAUGAUAUUGACUAUGACGAUUCGGAUGGUGGUGCGGACGGUGGCUGGAGUGAUGACUCGGACGUAUCCUGGUAG